AUGUUCUCGAAAAACUUGAUGUUAGCCGGCAUUCUCGCCGCAAGCCUUGCGUCCGCCAAUACCCUGCUCUCCACGCAGCAGGAGGAUACUAUCUACUCGUUGCCGGAAUCUGUCGAAAUCACCAACACUCGUAGCUUGAGAGCCAUACCGGAACCGACCGAAAUGGAUGAUGCUACGACCUGGACAUCUCCGACGCACGAGACAAAUCCUUCCGCUGCGUCGACACGAACUUACCGUUUGAAGCCUUACGAAGGUAUCGCUGGGUCACCGAAGUACGCUUCACAGUGCAACCACAUCGGUCAAGAAGGAGGUGCUCAAGCUGCACAUGGGUCUCAGUUGCUGAAUCUCGAUGUGAUCGUGUCCCUAGGGGUUGACAGUAUCCAAGCGUGUUGCAACGCGUGCGCCCGCAUCAAGCUCUGCAUUGCAUUCACCUUCCGACCACUCUUGUGCGUGUUGGCACGUUUGAAGGACGACAAAGUGGCGGGUCAGCCUGGCUUGAAUGAUCUUUUGAGCCUGACUAAUGUGUGA